AAUUAAGGCCCAUUCUACUCAUCCCUUACGAUUUAUUAAACUCACCGGAGAUUCCGCCAACGUUUUCCGGUAGUCAAUUUUUAUUCUUUUUUAGUUCACUUUUCAGUUUUCACUAGGAAUUUGAAAAUUUCCGGGGAUUCUUUCCGGAGAUUCCGAUUUUAAUUUCCCAGUUCGAGAAAUUGGCGGAGGACAUUCAGUAUAUUGGUUAACCAUGGCAGUGUCGACGUUUUCGAGCCCCACGCCUGUCUUCGGCAUCGCUGAACCACCAGCAUCAUUCUCCUCCACUGCAAUUGGCUGGAAGCAACCGUUGAGAUUUCGGAGGACGAAGAAGCCUCGAGUAAUCUCUUGCGAUUAUUCUUGCAUCGAGGUUAGAGAUGUCUGCUACCGUCCUCCUGGAACACAGUUGAAUAUCUUGAAUGGAGUUAAUUUUUCCCUGCGCGAGAAAAGCUUUGGCUUGAUCUUUGGGAAGAGUGGGAGUGGUAAAACUACCCUUUUGCAGCUUCUUGCUGGGCUAAACAAACCAACAUCAGGUUCCAUUUGUAUCCAAGGAUAUGGGGAUGAUGGCCAGCCGAAGGCGGAUCCUGACUUGCUUCCCACUGAAAAGGUGGGCAUUGUUUUCCAGUUUCCAGAAAGAUUCUUUGUUGCAGAUAAUGUGCUUGAUGAGAUUACUUUUGGUUGGCCAAGGCAAAAAGGUAGUUUGCAGCUUAAGGAGCAACUGACUUCGAAUCUCCAGAGAGCAUUUAAUUGGGUUGGAUUAGACAGCAUCCCACUUGAUAAAGAUCCCCAGUUACUAAGUGGAGGCUACAAACGUCGGCUUGCACUAGCUAUCCAAUUGGUGCAAACUCCAGAUUUACUGAUACUGGAUGAGCCCCUUGCUGGUCUUGACUGGAAAGCACGUGCAGAUGUUGCAAAGCUCUUGAAGCACCUUAAGAAGGAACUGACUUUACUUGUUGUAAGUCAUGAUCUAAGAGAGUUAGCAGCCUUGGUUGACCAAUCAUGGAGGAUGGAAACAGGUGGUGUUCUUGUUGCAGAACGUCCACCACUUUAGUUCAAUGUUCACUAUUACGGAAGGUCCAUACCAGGUUUGGCUCGGAUGUUAUUGAUUUUUGUUUAGCUAAAAAGUGAUACAGGCUUUUACCCUGGCUUAGGUUUUUUAUUGCAUGAAAUAUAAGAUAGCCGCUCAUACUUUAUGGUGGAUUUUCUAUGUAAGUUCUUUUGUGUAGGAGAUAAUGAUAAAUUAUGGCUUAUUAGCUAAGAGAGGCAUAAACAUUAUGCCUCUCUCUUCUGAGAUUAAAACAGAUAAUUGAAUUUGAAUC